AUGCUUUCAGGUUUAGUGAGGCUGACGUCGCUUAAAACCACUGGCUCUACUUACAAGCAUCCGAGAUUAUUUUCAACAAUGAGUGAUAGAACCACAGAACUGAUUCAAUCCUAUGAAUUAGUCAAUUCCAAGAUUAGGCAAGCCGCUGAACAAUAUUCUGUUGAUGCAAAGAACGUGCAAUUACUGGCUGUGUCGAAAUUGAAACCUGCUUCGGAUAUCAAAAUCUUGUACGAUCAUGGUAUUAGGCAUUUUGGUGAAAAUUAUGUACAAGAAUUAAUUGAGAAAGCAGCCUCACUGCCAAACGAUAUCAGUUGGCACUUUAUCGGUGGGUUGCAAACUAACAAAUGUAAAGAUCUAUCAAAGAUUAAAAACUUAUAUGCCGUGGAGACUGUGGAUUCGUUAAAGAAAGCAACGAAACUGAAUGAAUCUCGUUUGAAAAAUAGUCCCGAGGAUCCUCCAAUCAAUUGUAAUAUACAAAUAAACACAUCAAAUGAAGAUGUGAAGUCAGGUUUAACGGAUGAGGAUGAAAUUUUCCGGAUCAUUGAAUAUUUCUUGAAUGAAAAUACAAAUUCAAUAAAAUUAAAUGGGCUAAUGACAAUUGGUUCAUGGAAUGCUUCUCAUCAAGAUGACCCAAAUGUCGAUAAUCAAGAUUUCACUAAAUUAGUGGAAUGGAAAAAAUUAUUGGAUUCAAAAUAUAAUCUAAAUCUAAAAUUAUCAAUGGGUAUGUCAGCAGACUACAGACAAGCCAUCAGACAAGGUACAUCAGAAGUUAGAAUUGGUACCGAUAUUUUUGGAGUUAGACCACCAAGAAACUAA